AUGGGACAUCGCCAGGUGCCAAGAUCCAUCGAAGUUUUCUUGGAUGGCAUGCUGGCACGGCUGGAGGCAGAUGUCGAAGGUAUUUGCCUUAAAGCAGUGCUCUCUUUCACAUUUGUGGAACCUGAGCUCUGCGAAGAAGAGUCCCGCUUGCUGGCCAAGGCCUCCGAUGAAGCCUUGCGACUCAACGUCCUCUUCCUCCUCUCUCGGGAGUCGCGAUGCGACGCAGCGGCGGAGCGUCUCCAGGAGUUGGUGGCAGCUCUCAAUCAGCUGGAGCCGCGGAACCACGACCUGGCUCUCUCCUGCGCGCAGCUCUUCUCGCGGCUCGCUGGCCGUCACAAAGCGAUCCUAAACAUCACGCAGCAGAUGAUCAAACGGUGCACUGACUCAGCGCCAGACCAGGCGAAGUACCUGACAGAGCUGGGGUACCAGUUCAUGAUGCAAGGCGCCUUGACGCAAGCGGAGCAAACCUUCCACCUUGCCGUGGCCAAGGAUGAGACGGAUGUGAGGGCGCUCUUUGGGAUCAUCAACUGCCGCGUCCAAGAGGGGAACCUGGAUGACGCAGAGGAGCAGCUGGAGUUCCUGGGCGAGAUUCAGAUCUCCGUGGGCAAGUCUCCAGACCUUGCCUUCCUCCAAUCCCUCAUCGCCUGGCGGAAGCGCCGGGAUGCUGAGGGAGCCCUGAACCUCCUCAACGAAACCUUGACACUCCACAUUACGAACUUCAAAGCCGCUGUGGGCUACGAUUUCUUCAUCAAGCUCAACGCGGACUUCAUGCUCGACAUCGCGCGCGAGUAUUUGCAGCAUACCCUCACAGGCGGUUCCGAGGAUGCAGCCAAGCCGGGCGGCUAUCUCCUCCGAGGGGUCCAGGUCCUGGAGACGUUGACGCGCUUCGUGCCAGGCCUCGUGCCGGCGCAGGUGCUUCUGGCCAAAGCCAAAGCGGCCCUGAACGAAGUCGAUGUAGCAACGCGCAUCUUGCACCAGUGUCUGCGGUUGGAUCCCAGCUGUGCCGACACGUAUCUGCUCCUCGCGCGCAUCUACCACCAGAAGGAUCAGCCGAACGCCGCGCUGCAGUACUUGGAGCAGGGACUGAGCCAUGACUUUAGCGUGCGGAACCAUCCGCUCUACCACUUGGUGAAAGCCGAAGUGCUCUCCGCUGCUGGCGAAAUCGAGCAAGCUUCGAAGCUCCUUGAGUCGGUGAUGACGCUGCCGGGGGUCAAGAGCGGAACUGAUGCCAAGCAGGCCAACAAGACCGUCCAGCUAAGCAUGUCCGACCGAUCAGCGUUGUUCACGCUGCAGGUGAGCCUGCUGACAAAGCUGAAACAGCUGGACCAAGCGAGCGAAGUGGUCAAAACGGCUAUCGCAGAGUUUGCGGGCACGCCAGAAGAGGUGAAAAUCUUGGUUGCGAACAGCCAGCUGGCCAUCGAGAAGGGCGAGAUCGACUCGGCCCUAAACAUGCUGAGGACAAUGAAGCCGGAGCACCCACAGUUUGCCAUGGCGAAAGCCGCCAUGGCAGAUAUCUAUUUGAAGCAUCGCAAAGACAAGAAGGCUUAUGCGCGAUGCUACAAGGCGAUCGUCGACCAUGCUCCCACAGUGCAGAAUUACUUGAUCCUUGGCGAUGCGCUCCUGUCCAUCCAAGAGCCUGCUGAUGCAAUCAUCGCUUUCCAGCAGGCCAUGGAGUUGGAGAGCUUCAAGGUCGACCCGAACUUGAUUCAAAAGAUCGGGAAAGCGAUGAUGCAGACGCACGACUAUGAGAGGGCCAUACAGUAUUACCACGACGCUCUCCGAAAGCACCCGUCGCAGCAGGAGCUGAGGCAAGAUUUGGCACGGCUAUAUCGCCGGCUUCAGCGCUGGGAGGAUGCCAUCAAGGAGCUCGAUGAUGCUCUUCAGGUCGUGAUGGAAGAGAGCUUCAAGACAUCCAAGUAUCGGGUGGACACGCUGGUGCAGCUUGCAAAGGUGCACAGCGACUAUGCCGACAGCCGUGCAAAUGUCACCGGUGGUGCCUUGCCUUGUGGAAGCGGCAUAGAGGUUCGAGAAUCUUGGGCCCACGGUGGCUAG